CACGACAAAGGCAACGACAACGGCAACGACAACGAUCAUUUUAACGAUGAGGACAGCAGUGGGCCCGUGAUAAUCGAAUCGAACUCUCCUUGGAUUUGUUAUUUUGGAUGGGUUUUAAUUAAUGCAAGAGCAGAGCAGAGCUGAGCUGAGCAAGAGGCGGCAAUGCGACACCCAGCGCGUUCCAUUUGGGAGUCGGCCAGUCGACCGCUGUUUGUGCGCUCCGUUUGGCUGGAGAGCAGCGGGGAGAAAGGCACUCGCAGCCACCGCCGACACUUCAUACUCGACUAUGAGCCUCGCGAGCGACAGCGCUGGAUUCAGUGCCAACGGCAAAGUGCGAGGAGAGGCAUCAAUCAUCAGCACGAUUCCUGUGACUCCCACGAUCCGUCAACUGCCUUUGAGGAGAGCGUCGACUACGCCUUGGAUGAGUAUUUGCUGCUGGACGCCACUAAACUAACGCUGCAACGGCAACAGCAAGUUGGCCAGGCGCAGGGCGCCUUGGCUAACAAGUUGCAGACGAGUUUCUCCAAUCUGCACGGCCGGCAGAGUAGUCGACAUGCCAAGAGGCGUGCCUGGCUGCUCAGCAGCGGUAAAAGCUAUCACUUGGAUCAUCUAACGGACUAUCACUCUCUCUCACGGCGCAGCUCGUUGCAGGAUGCGCCGGCCACAAGCUCACACAUUGGCAAUCCCGAAGAGCGUCUGGCAGAACGUGUGCUCAACUGGCUGGACCUGGCUGGUCGGGCGGAUAUUGUGAAGGCUGCCACACCGAUGGCAUCCUCCUCCAAUGCGAACGGCAGCAGCCUGUUGCCCAGAAGCAGCCACCGCAGCAACCGACAUAGUCAUAGUCAUCGUGGCAUGAGUCUCAAACGCAUCUCCACGGCGGCGUCUCAACGCGUUGCUGCUCAAAGGAAACCAGCCAGCGCAGCCAAGCAGCCAUCUCCGCUGCCGCCAGCCGUUAAUUACCGCUCCAAUUCUUCCAAUGCCAAGCCCAUUACCAUCAUCUUCAACAAGGAGGGCGUGCCAGUGCGCCUCAAUCGUCCGGCCCGCAAUAUCGAUCUCUGUGCGCUGAGCAACAGCGCAAGCACCACACGCCGUCUGGCUGGUCACUUGGCCUCAGCCAGGCUGUAUAAUGGCCACACCCCCUCGCCCACAUUGGAGGAAACACGCACGCCGCCAGUCAGCAGUCGCGGAUUGAACACCAAUCAGCUGGACAGUCGGAAGCAGUUGCACAUCUUCAUGCCGAGCUUGCCCAAGAAGGGUUUGCUGCUGGCUGCAACAACGAGCACCGAUGAUGUGCUCAGUGCGAGUUUUAGUGAAUUGUGUUUUUAGGCUAUCGCAUUUACAUUUCACGUUUGCAAAAUAAUUCCAAAUAAACAA